GAUUGUCAUUGUCAUUGUUGAAUUCUUGGUUUUUGUUUAUAUUUGUAAAAUAUGCCUUGGCGGUCCGUUGAUGACUGGACAUGUACUUAGACAAGCAUUUUUUAUUAUAUUUUAAGGAGUUUAAUAUAUAUACAUGGUGAAAUAUAACAGUUUGGAAACUUAACCCUCAAAUCAAGUUUUGGAUUGCACACUGAAAUGGCUUGUUAUUUGAAUGAAAAUGUAUAUACGCAUACAUUUACUCCAAGGGAAUAUCAGGUUGAAUUGCUUGAAUCAGCCAAAAAGAGGAACACUAUAAUAUGCACGAGUACUAGUUCAUCGAAAACGUUCCUCUCUGUUAAGCUUCUUCAGGAGUUUUCCUGGCAGAUGCGUUCGAUGCCGCAAACAAAAAAAGCCUUAUUUAUAUUAAAUCCUCAAAAUGUUCCUGUUCUCGCGUCUCACGUGAAAUAUCUGACUGAUUUAAACGUAGUUAGCAUAAAUAAUGCAGAGAAUAAUAUUGUUACUUUGCUUAAUGACUGUAAUGUAAUAGUUACCACAGCAGAAAUUUGUCUUAACAACAAUAUUUUGCUGCAAUUAGAGCAAUACAAUUUGUUGUUUAUAGAUAAUUGUUUAUAUGGUAAUCAGCAAUUCAUUAUUUCAGAAAUUAUGUACAAAUACAGAGAUUUAGAUGAUAAACUUAAGCCAAGAAUUGUAGCUAUAACAACAGGAAUAUUAGGUUUAGAUCUGCAAUAUGAUAGACUUGAAGGUGAAUUCCGCAGACUUGAAGGAUUGUUAAAUUCAUGUGUAGAUACAUCUAGUGAAAUUGUUACGUUAAUUUCUCUCUCCUGUCACCCCAAAGAGUAUUUAAUAUCGUGUCCUAGAAUAUCGCUGUCUUUAUCUGACACGUUAAAAAGUAUAAUAGAAAAUUGCAAACUUUGGUUGUCCGAUCACAGAUACGACCCUAGCGAAAUAUACAAAGAAGAGUUUUUGGAAGAAAUCAAGGUCAUUCCCAAUCCCAAGAAAUUACCAUUGGAACUUUUAAAUCAUUAUCUGGAUAUUUUAGAAGACUUGGGGCCUUGCGGAGCUGAUAAAGCAGCCAUUUAUAUUCUAGCUAAAAUUGAAAAAUUAAAGGUCAAAACUCCUUAUGAACGCCACUAUCUUUUAUUGUGCAUGGUUUCCACCACUUUGGUACAUACGAGAGCUGCAUGUGAUUACGAAUUUCAAGAGCUGGACGAUGAAAUUGAAAAAAUUAACCAGCAUUCGAGUCCUAAAGUACUGAAAUUUAUACACACUUUAAGGCAGUUUAAACCAGCAAGACCCAGACCGAAAAUUGAAGAGGAGAGUCCAGUAGAAAAUGAAUCCCCUCCCACUGGAACUUUUAAGAGAAACAAGGGACAAAGGACCAAAAAGUUCAACGACAGGAAUCAGAUAGACGAUAUUUUAUGUUCUCUAGUUUUUGUAAAUAAUAGAUAUAAAGCAAAAGCGCUGUUCUCUCUUUUAUGUGCUUUAUCUCAAGCUGACCCUGAUUUUUGGUGGAUAUCCGCUUUAUUUUUCGUCGAUAAAGUUGCCGAUAUUUCAAAGGAACCCAGGGAAGCUGAGCAUGAACACAAAACCCAAGAGGAAGUGUUAAGGAAAUUUAGAUGCCACGAAUGCAAUAUUUUAGUUUCGACGUCAGUAUUAGAACAAGGCUGUGAUCUUCCUAAGUGCAAUUUGGUCAUAAGGUUUGAUUUACCACCGACAUUCCAUAGCUACAUUCAGAGCAAAGCUCGUGCUCGCGCCCCUGAAUCAUACUUCAUCGUUUUUCUUAAUGAAAACGAAGUUGAUGAGUUUGUGCAUAAGCUGUCAGAAUACAACGAAGUUGAAAGUACUCUUUUAAAGAGAUGUCAGAGUUUGGAGCCCGAGAAGUCCGAGGAAUUGCUAGCAGACAGCUAUUGUUCGUUUUGUAGUUCAUACCAGCCCAUAAAAGAAGAAGGAUCGCCGAAUGUAACUCUUUUUAACUCUAUAGCUUUAAUUAAUCGAUAUUGCGCCAAACUGCCUAGUGAUAGUUUUACCAAAUUAACCCCAAUAUGGCGUGAAGAAUUAUUAGAAGAUGGGUGGGUUUGUUAUAUCCGGUUACCAAUUAACAGCCCAGUUAAACAAACCAUAUGCAGUCCGCCUAUGCCAAACGCGUUAUUGUCUAGGCGCGCUGCAGCUUUUCUUUUAUGUCAAUAUUUACAUAAAGUUGGGGAGCUUGAUGACCAGUUACAGCCAAUAAGCAAAGAGAAUUUUGUGCCUGUGGAUGAAGACUGGACCAACAUACAUGUACAGGAGCAAUAUGACGAGAAUUCUGAAAUUAGACCAGGAACCACAAAGAGGAGGCAGUAUUAUUAUAAAAAGGUCGCUGACGCUUUAAUAGAUUGCCACCCUGUUAUUGGAAAGCCAUCCUACUUUUAUAAAAUUGUCAUGACACUAAGUUGUCCUCUUCCUGAAGAACAGAACACGCGUGGCCGAAAAAUAUAUCCUCCCGAAGAAUCAGUUCAAGGUUUCGGAAUAUUAACAAGCAAAGAAAUUCCAAAAAUAAGUGCUUUUCCUAUAUUUACUAGAUCUGGCGAAGUGAGUAUUGAACUAGUUCUGUGUUCCAAAGACAUUGUUAUUGAUGAGUCACAAACGCACAAAAUACAAGAAUUUGUAAACUACACUUUCACCAGUGUUUUGAGACUUCAAAAAUAUUUAAUGCUAUUCGAUCCCGAGUGCUCCAACAAAAACUAUUUAAUAGUGCCAACAAUAGACACUGAAAGCUCCGUUGAAGUGGAUUGGAACUUCAUUGAUCUAAUUUACGAAAAUCUACACUUCACCCCUCAUCACAUUCCUGACAACGAAAGAAAAGAUUACAAGUUCAAUAUAGAAGAAUAUAAGGACGCUGUUGUGAUGCCCUGGUACAGAAACCAGGACCAGCCGCAGUAUUUUUACGUGGCUGAAAUUUGUUCGUUUUUGAACCCCACCUCGGCAUUUCCAGGAUCGGAAUACAAAUCAUUCGAAGAAUAUUAUUUCAGGAAGUACGGCAUACAAAUUCAGAAUUUGCAACAAUGUCUUUUGGACGUGGACCACACUUCGGCUAGGCUAAAUUUUUUGACUCCGCGAUAUGUUAACAGGAAAGGCGUUGCUUUGCCGACGAGCAGCGAAGAGACUAAACGUGCCAAGAGAGAGAAUCUGGAACAGAAACAAAUCCUGGUUCCGGAAUUGUGCUCGAUUCAUCCAUUUCCAUCGUCCUUAUGGCGCAAAGCUGUCGCUUUGCCUUGUAUUUUGUACAGGAUCAACGCGCUUCUUCUUGCUGAUCAAAUUCGCAGAACUGUAGCUGUAGAUUUAAACUUGGGCAAGAUAAACUUAGAUGAAGACUUCAAGUGGCAAACAUUAAAUUUCGGUUGGAAUUUAUCCGACGUGCUGCGAAAAUCUCGCGAAGAAGAAAUAAAGAAGCAGGAAGAAAAAUUAAGGAUCUUGCAAGAAAAGGCAGAAGAAAAGUUGGAAGAGUUAAAAAUUAUUGAAAUAAAUCCAAACGGUGAUGAAAAUAGUUUAGAGGAUUUUACAGAAUCUGAGUCGGACUCUGACAGUGACCCUACUGUCAAAAAGUGGAUGGAAAUCGGUAUCUGGACAAACGAAAUGGCUUCUGAAGAAUUUGAUGGUUCCUCGGCACUUAGGUACGCCUCUCCGACAAGCUGGCUUCAAGGAAGGAAUUAUUACGACGAAUUCUCCGACAUCUCCAAUGAAAAUUCUCAAGCAGAUUCAGAAGAAUCCGACAACGAAUGGGGAGGCCUACGAAUCGAAUUCACAGGCGACCACCAGGCUGAAGCACUCGACGAUGACUUACCCAAAGACAAGUCUAUCUGCCUCGUCGAAGACGUCAGCGUCUGGAGGAUUGAUGACAAUAGCUACCCGGCCCAGAUCCUAAGAGAACAUUUUAAGGAAGCCAGUGCGAAAAAUAAGGAAUUUAUUAUAUCCAGCGGGAUUCUCAUUAAGCCCGAGGAACAAUUCCAAAAAGACUUAGAAAAUAAAAUUUCGGAUACUCCACUUGCAAAACCUUUAGUAGAAAAUUUCAGUACAGACAACUUAUUUAUCGGUAACGUUAGCUUGAAUAGAGAAGCAAUUAUACCUGAAGGGCUCCAUAUAAACGAAUACGACAGUUGUGAGGAGCUGAGUUUCAGUUUCGACGUGCAGCCAGACUUAAAAACCCAUCCUGGACCUAGCCCUAACGUGCUGCUUCAAGCCCUCACCAUGUCCAACGCUAACGACGGCAUCAAUUUGGAAAGGCUGGAAACUAUCGGCGAUUCCUUCCUCAAAUACGCCAUAACCAAUUAUUUGUACUCGAAGUACGAGCACGUGCACGAAGGGAAAUUGAGCCACUUGAGGUCAAAGCAAGUUAGCAAUUUGAAUCUGUACAGAUUAGGCAAAAGGAAAAACUUAGGCGAGUACAUGAUCGCAACAAAAUUCGACCCACACGACAAUUGGCUGCCUCCUUGUUUCUACGUUCCCAAACAGCUGGAAGAUGCCUUAAUCGAUGCCCAGUUCCCGGCCAAUUGUUGGACAGUGGCCGAUAUGGCCGCGACCAGGAACAUGUCCAUCGACGAAAUAUGCUCCAUGGUGAAGGAAAGAGGUGUUUACGCUCUACCGACUUUGAUUCCUUACAAUCUGGUAACGCAGCACAGCAUCCCGGAUAAAAGCAUCGCCGAUUGCGUUGAAGCGUUGAUAGGUGCCUAUUUGAUCGAAUGUGGGCCUAGAGGUGCGUUGCUUUUCAUGGCUUGGUUGGGUAUAAGAGUUCUACCGAAAAAUGAAGAUGGUUAUGGAGAGGUGGAAAUACCUAAGUCUCCAUUACUGAGGAACGUCCAGAAUCCAGAAGAGGAACUGGACAGACUGCUUGACGGAUACGACGUGUUCGAACGCCAUAUCGGCUACAAAUUCCGAGACCGCUCCUAUUUGCUCCAGGCAAUGACCCACGCUUCCUACAGUCCGAACCAACUGACCGAUUGCUACCAGAGACUGGAAUUCUUAGGCGACGCCGUCUUGGAUUAUCUGAUCACCAGGCACCUGUACGAGGAUUCCAGAAUGCACUCGCCUGGAGCACUUACGGACUUGAGGUCAGCCCUGGUGAACAACACGAUUUUUGCUUCACUUGCCGUGCGACAUGGCUUCCACAAAUACUUCAAACACCUGUCGCCAGGCUUGAACGAAGUCGUCGAGCGGUUUAUUAGGCUUCAAGAGGACAGUGGACAUACGAUUGUUGACGAGCUUUAUCUUAUUGUUGAAACCGAAUGUGAAGAAGUGGAGGAUAUUGAGGUUCCCAAAGCUUUAGGAGACGUUUUCGAGUCUGUAGCAGGAGCGAUUUUCUUGGACUCCGGUAUGUCUCUGGACUGUGUCUGGAAAGUCUAUUACAAAAUGAUGCAAACCGAAAUCGAACAGUUCUCGAACCGAGUGCCGAAGUCGCCGAUUCGCGAGCUUUUGGAACUGGAGCCUGAAACGGCGAAAUUUGGCCGUCCAGAAAAAUUGGCCGAUGGUAGAAGAGUUCGUGUCACUGUCGAGGUCUUCGGAAAAGGCCUGUUCAAGGGAAUCGGUCGUAACUAUAGAAUAGCCAAAUGUACGGCAGCUAAAUGCGCUUUGAAGCACCUCAAGAAAAAGGGUUUGAUCAAACGGUCGGAACAUGACAACGUUUUGGGCCGAUAGAACUUAUAGAAGAUGAUAAUUUUUUCUCGAGCCGCUUUUCCAAGCCUAGUCAAAAUUUUGAUGCUGAAAGAGGCAUUAAGAAUUAACUUUUUUUUAUUUAGUUUUUAGUUAAAGGAAAUUUAAAAGAAUUGCCUUUUUUUGUUAUGUUUUU